UUCAAAUAUGUGUGAUAUUACAUCUCACUAGCUUUAAGAAACAAAAAAAAAUUGAUAAAAAUAUUGAUCUGAACUAAACGAAAAAGGGAAGAAUUGUGUGUGAGUGCGUAUCGGUAAGUAAGUUAACUGUAAUAGAAAAAAUGGUAUCAGAUUUUCGAAAGAAGAAACUGUUGCAUGUCUACAAUGCAUUUUUUGACGCGAACCGAAGUGGCUCAAUAGACAAAGCAGAUUUCGAGUUUGCAAUAACUAAGAUUACAGCGAAAAGAGGUUGGAAACAUGGCGAUGAGAAACACACGAUAUUGAAAGAGAAGAUGCUGAAGAUCUGGGAGGGACUGCAGAGAGAAGCUGACGAGAAUAAUGACGGAGAAGUUAGCAAGGAAGAAUGGAUAGCUCUUUGGGACAAAUACGCUAAGAAUCCAACAAAUGCAAGUGAAUGGCAAAACGUUUAUUGCAAAUUAACAUUUUGGCUGGAAGACACAAGUGGUGACGGUGAAAUUGAUGCCGAAGAGUUCUCAAGUUUGUAUGAAUCAUUUGGAUUAGACAGAGGAGAAUCGAUCGAGUGUUUUAACAAGAUGGCUGGUGGCAGGAAGACGAUAGAUUGGGAGCAUUUUCAACAGCUGUGGAAGGAGUACUUUGCGGCUGAAGACAAGGAAAAACCUGGCAAUUUUAUAUUUGGAUGUUACGUGUGUAGUAUUAACCCAAACUCCCAUUCUCAUUCACAUUCACAUUGAUGUUUUAUUAUUUUUAUAUUUUAAGCUAGUUUACCGUAAUUUCUCUCAUUUUUCUCAGUUUUAUGAAUUUCGAUGUUUUGGAUUAACAGAUGUUGAGAAGUGGCAGAAUAAAAUCAUGUAAUUUAUAGUUACAUCACCGAUUUUAAAUAACGCACUAGGUUUAGUAAUAUUUGAUUAGGAUCCAUCAUCUAUUUAUUAUCUUCUUAUAUUAAUAAAUGCGAUCAUGUUCUUAAACAGAUUAAAAUAAACAUAACCAUUGUUUUGACGUUUUCACCUAAACCAUGCUUUCCUCCAUUUUUUUAAAACUAAUAAGGUAGAUGAUAAGAUCGAUAAUUUCACUUUCAUAAUUUCCAUGUAACAUGGACUAUGUUAUGUCGAAACAAGCUAAAUUGUAUUAUAAGGCUGAAAAAAGAAUUCUUAUUUUCGCAGUAACUAUUUGUAUAACGUGUUCGUUCGCUAAGCAUACAAAUUUGUCUGUAUUGUUUGCGUAAGAUAUUAUUGAUAAAAAUAAAC